GAGGAAGAACAGAAAUGAUAAAUGCCAGAGUGGGGGAGGGAGCCAUGGACCUGCUGCGGGAGCUGAAGGCCAUGCCUGUUACGCUGCAUCUGCUCCAGUCCACCCGCGUUGGGAUGUCUGUCAACGCCCUGCGGAAGCAGAGCUCGGACGAGGAGGUUAUUGCACUGGCCAAGUCCCUCAUCAAGUCCUGGAAGAAGCUCCUGGAUGCUUCAGAUGCCAAAGCCAGGGAGCGGGGCAGGGGCACACCUCUGCCCACGUCGUCCUCGAAGGACACUGCAGAGGCCAUGGAUCUCAGCCGCAAGAGGCCAGAGCUGCCCAGGACACCAUCAACCCCGAGGAUCACCACGUUUCCCCCAGUGCCCAUCACCUGCGAUGCUGUGCGCAGCAAGUGUCGCGCGAUGCUGACCGCUGCCCUGCAGGCAGUCCAUGACCAUGUGGCCAUUGGUGCGGAUUGUGAGCGUCUGUCAGCCCAGAUUGAGGAAUGCAUCUUCCGGGACGUCGGGAACACAGACAUGAAGUACAAGAACCGUGUGCGGAGCCGCAUCUCCAACCUGAAGGACACCAAAAACCCGGACCUGCGGCGGAACGUGCUGUGUGGUGCCAUCACGCCCCAACAGAUUGCCGUGAUGACUUCGGAGGAGAUGGCCAGCGAUGAGCUGAAGGAGAUCCGCAAGGCCAUGACCAAAGAGGCCAUCCGUGAGCACCAGAUGGCCCGCACGGGCGGCACGCAGACUGACCUCUUCACCUGUGGCAAGUGCAGAAAGAAGAACUGCACCUACACACAGGUACAAAUCCGCAGCUCUGAUGAGCCCAUGACCACCUUCGUUGUCUGCAAUGAAUGUGGAAACCGCUGGAAGUUCUGCUGAGCUCUCCUGCAGAUGUGCUGCACCUCCAGGCCACAGCCUGUCCAGAACUCCCUGUGUCCUCGGCCGACACAGCUUCUCUGGGGACCCCCUCAGAAGGCAGCACGCCUCACCCCCAACAUGCCUGCCUGGAGCGCACCUUUCUGCCCUGUCUCCUUGUUAUUAAAUGUUUCUUUUUGCCA